AUGUCGCUGAACAGUCAACUCCUGAAUGGCAAGGUCGCCAUUGUCACUGGCGCAUCGCGUGGUAUUGGUCGCGAAAUCGCGCUGCAUCUCGGUGCGCAGGGUGCCGCUGUGAUUGUCAACUACGCCUCCAACGCCAACGCCGCCAAGGAGGUGGUCGACGCAAUCACCAAAGCCGGAGGUCGCGCUACGGCGGUUCAAGCCUCCAUCGGCCGCGAUAUCUCGCAGGGCAACAAGCUCGUCCAAGCUGCCGUGGAUGCCUAUGGCGGUCUGGACAUUCUCGUGAACAACGCUGGUGUCUAUUUGGGCGGAGCUGGCUCAGAGGGAGUGACCGAGGAGCAGUUUGACGAAAUGUUCGCGGUCAACUCGAAGGGCCCUUUCUUCUUGCUCCGUGCUGCUUCCAAGGUCAUUCGCAACAAUGGUCGCAUCGUCAACAUUAGCUCUGCAAGCCUUGCAUCCGGAGCUGUGUCUUUGUUUGGCGCGUAUGCCCCGUCCAAGGCGCCUCUGCACGAAUACACCAAGCUGUUUGCCGCAGAACUCGCCGGUCGCGGCGUGACGGUCAACACAGUGAUGCCUGGGUUUACUGCAACGGACAUGCUUUCCGACAAGAUUCUCGAAAUUGCCAAGGCAUCGAGUCUCUUCAAGCGCGUCGGCACCGUCGAAGAUGUUGCCGUCGUCGUUGAUUUCCUCGUCAGUCCGACCAACAACUGGACUACCGCUCAAAGCCUGCAUGUGUCGGGUGGUGGCACGCUGUCGCGCUAA